CAAAAUUUACGGCCCAUGGUUUGACCAUGCCAGAGAGCAGGUGCCAGGCCGACUUGGCCCACUUCGAGGUCGAGCCGGCCUCGCCCGUUUCUCCCACCUCGCCCAAUGAGAAGAGAGCCUUUAAGGAGGCGUUGCCCGCGGAGUGGAAAGAGCAGAGCCUCUACCGCCGCGAAUUCGCCGUCCUGCGAUGGAUUCAGAGGACCAUUCCUAGACGCCCCAUGUUGCCGGUGGCCUUGUUCAUUCAUCACUUUGCUUCAGAGGCGAUCCUGAUUCCUUUCGUGGGAGUGUUCACCUGGGUCGUAUCUCUGCCAGCAGCCGGGUCGACGACCAGCUGCAUGUGCUUCUGUGUAUCAUUGAACUUCGGAUUGAAGUGGAUCUGGCAAAGGCCCAGGCCCCUGUGGCUAGACAUGGGGAAAGUCUCAGAGGUUUGGAAUAUCGGUGCUGUUUGGGAAGCUGAUUAUUCCUUCCCCAGUGGCCACUCUCAAAGUUUGGCAGGCGUUUUGUUGUGUGCCCACUUCACCUUUCAACUCACCAUGCAUUGGCUACCAGUGAUGCUCUUGCUUGGCGCCUUUGUGGGUCUGUCGCGAAAUUACCUAGGAGUUCACUGGUGCAGUGAUACCUUGACGGGAUGGCUCAUCGGGUCCUUGAGCGGCAUUGCCUGGGGCUUGCUCGACCCCUACGCUGCCCUGCUACGACUAGGAGAUCCACUGAUCUCCACGGUGGUGGGCUUGGGAUCAGCCUUGGCAGUGAUACUACUGGCUGCUGUCUGCGUGAUGCUGACCACCCCCGUGCAAGCGGAGCUUCGGGCUGAAUGGCUGGACACGGCCGUGCGUGGAUUGGAACUGUCGCGUAGCUCCAGCGAUGUGAGAUGCGUGGCACCGGAAGACGAG